AUGUAUUUCAAUGGUUUGUUUAAGAAACACAAGGGCGAACCAGGGCAAAGGGCGAACUCUGUGCUCUUCAUCUUCCGGAUCCUAGUUUUGGGAACAGCAGUGGAGUCGGCCUGGUAUGAUGAGCAGUCAGAAUUCAAGUGCAAUAGCAAGCAGCCCGGUUGCGAGAACGUCUGCUUUGACAAAUUUUCCCCCAUCUCGCACCUGCACUUCUGGGUGCUUCAAAUCAUCUUCGAGUCCACACCUUCGCUCCUGUACCUUGCGCACGUGUUCUACCUUACUCACAAAGAGGAGGAGCUGAAGGCCAUGCAGAACGACGGCAGCAACGUCGAGGUCCAUCUGAAAAAGAUCGAGCACAAGAAGUUCAAGCACGGCCUGGAGGAGCACGGCAAGGUGGAGAUGAAGGGUGUUCUGCUGUGCACCUACAUUGUCAGCAUCAUUUUCAAGUCCAUCUUUGAGGUGGCCUUCCUGGUCAUCCAGUGGUACAUCUAUGGCUUCACCAUGUCCACUGUGUACAUUUGCGAGCAUUCGCCUCGGACACAAUCUACUGCAGCCUACAUAGCAGAGAGAGUCUGGGUCUUCUUCUGCAGAUAAAUGUUUAGGCACUCAAGCUCUCCAACAACAGCAGAAGCAAGUGUGAGGCCCAACAAAGUCUUACCUUUGCUGAGGUGCUCAAAUAAACCACUGUCCUAGAUAAACUUUUUGCCAUCUCCUCUAGGUUGCCAAGUACC